CCGCUCGGCUCCCGGGCACGUUUGAGUGUCCGCCAGGCAUGCGGGAUGCUGCCGCACAGCUGAGCUCCCACACUAACCCAGCUACUACUGCUUUGCUUGAUGCCUGCUGGGGACUGUCGGGAACCCAUGUAUCGUGUUAAGAUCCCUUUGUGGUGUGGAUGGUCGGGGGGCCCAUGUACGCCCGUACAGUCGCUGACGCCUGCCGGCUGCCCCUGCACCGCCCUCCGCCAGGUGCCGCUGAGCUCGGCGGUGGCCAUGGCGCUGCGGCAGCGCGAGGAGGAGGAGGCGCGCGAGCGCGAGGAGAUGAAGCGGCUUGUGCUGGCAGCCAACAGGGCUCAACAAGAAGAGCAGCUGGCGAGCUUGCAGCAGCAGAACGUGGGGCGGCCCGGCGGCGGAGGCCGGAAAGGCACCGGCUAUCGACAAGCCAAGCACACGGGACAGCUGGACAUUUCCGUUCUUGACGACUUUGGGCCCUCGUACGAUCUGCCUUUUGAACGCGCCGCCGCGCCGCUGCCAGCACAGCAGCAGCAGCAGCAGGCGCCUGCGGGCGGCGGGCGCGGCGGCUACAGCGGGCGUGGCGGCUACGGCGGGCGGGGGCGGGGCCCGCGGGAGUAUGGGUCGUUGGGGUGAGGCUUUGUUGCGAUGGGCCAAGGCUUUGUUGCUAAGGGCGGGGAGCUGCGGGCAUGGUUGCUGUUGUGCAGGGGGGCGGUUGUUAGGCAUACAGCGGGUUUGUGAAUCGCCAUCCCCUUCCGGUAGCCCCAACACAUUGAUCUGCAUUGUGGGAACCCGGUGAGAUCCUGUUGAGAGGAACUGAGUUAAGUGGUGAUGCAGAUGUGUCAGUGAUUACAAGGCAAGGGCGGCGGCGGUGCCACAAAUCUGUUCGUGCUGGAUGGGGUUCCGAGGUACCAUCGUCAGGGCCGGUCUGGCAGUGCCAGUCCGUAGCGCCGACGAGGGAGCUGUAGUCAUGCGGUUGACAAACGAUGAUAUGCAUGCUCACAAGUCGCACAGCUCACCCCAGCCUGUCUGAGGGGCUGAGGGAAGGCAGGGUUGACCUGUACGGCGGUUCUGACGAGCCUACGUCAGAACCGCGGUACGUCCGUACAGCCGUGACAUGCUGGCACGAUGCGCCCCGUGACCGGCAUAUGUAAAGUAGCCGCCAC